AUGACCACAUUUCCAAAGUCCUUCUUGGCCGCUGUCGUCAAGCAGCUGCUCCGGGGCAAGUCUUUGAUACAGGCUUUAAUUGCCUUCUGUAUCACCCCUCAGUCCGUUUCCGGGACCAGGCCAACAGUCGAGUGCUCCAAGACCGCAACGGCAACAACAUCGACACGGAACGUCGAUGAGUUCCUGAAGGGGGCCGAAGACCUCCUCAUCGGCCCAUUGCUUGGCGAUGGCCUCCUUGAGUUGUCCAAUGCUCUGAAGGCCCAGUUCAGGGACAAGCUGCAGACGAGCAUGGCCUGCAUGCUCCCGUCGUACAACCAUCAGCUCCCCGGCGGGCACGAAGUCGGCCAGUAUCUGGCCGUGGAUGUGGGCGGAUCGACGCUGCGUGUCGCAUUGGUGGAGUUGCGGGGCCGGGACUCCAAGGGGAGCGAGAGCGAGAUUGUGCGGAUGAGCUCGUUCAAGAUCGACAACGACAUCAGGAAUCUGGAGGGCAUGGCCUUUUUCGACUGGAUGGCUCAGAGAAUAUGGGACAUGGUGUCUCAAGACGGACAGGACACUUCACGACCCACGCCUGUUGCCUUGGCUUGGAGCUUCCCCAUUGAGCAAACAUCAUUGAAAGGUGGCCGCAUCCACGGCAUGGGUAAGGGAUUUCUCGCCGCCGAGGGUCUCAUGGGACAAGACCUCGGCGAGGUGAUCGAGUCCGCCUGCGCGGCGAGGGGCAUGAACGUCCAGCUGCGCGUCAUCCUCAACGAUGGAGGCGCCACGCUCCUCUCGCAGGCCUACAUCCACCCAGCCACGCGGUUCGGCCUCAUCCUCGGCACCGGCGUCAACAUCGCCGCCUACCUGCCCGUAUCUCUCAUCGGGAAGCCCAAGUUCGGCGACCGGCCGCGGGAAUGGUGGGACGAGGCGCGCGACGUCAUCGUCAACACGGAGCUCGGUAUGUUCGGGCAGGAUGUUCUGAGCGUGACGCGUUGGGAUGCACUGCUGAAGCAGGGGCAUCCAAGGCCAGAUUUCCAGCCUCUGGAGCAGAUGGUGAGCGGGUACUACCUCGGUGAGGUGGUGAGGAUCGCCUUGGUCGAGGCGAUCCGGACGACGGGCCUCUUUGGCGGCGUCGUGCCCAAGUCGCUCGACGAGCCGUAUUCUCUUGCAUCGGAAACAAUAUCUGCCAUUGAAGGAGAUGCGACGCCGUUGUUUACGUCGUCCAUCGAUCUCUUCGUCGCACGCCACCCCUCGUCUCACACACCAACCUCAUCCGACAUAUCGGCCCUCCGUUCCCUCGCGUCCUUCGUCUCGAGGAGAUCGGCCGCCAUCAUCGCCGCGUGCCUACACGCCAUCUGGUCCCUCCGCCUCGAGGCGCUGGGCAGGGAGGAGCCAGAAGACGAGUUUCCCGACAGGCUAGGGCAGGAGUCGGGUCUGGUGCGGACGAUGGUCGCGUACAACGGCAGCGUGAUCGAGUACUAUCCGGGCUAUCUGGCCAUGUGUCAGGGUUACGUGGAUGCUCUGGUCAACAGGAAGGACAGGAGCAUCAGCCUCGUGCCAGCGAAGGAGAGCUCAUUGCUGGGGGCAGGCGUUGCGCUGGCGAGGACGUGCAACGCACCUGCGUGA